GAACACGUCUUGCCUACCUAUACCUUGCUACGUCAGAUGAUGGGCCCCUUGUGUACACUGCUGUCUUUCUCUUUCUACCUUACCUGCGCGUCAGUGUGUUUUUCGGGGUCUUAGUGUGCUGCACGCACGCACCCAGACUCCACCUCCUCUCUCCUUUGGCUCUGUGCUACUCGUGGGAACUCGUACGAACGAAAGAGAGUCCAUGUUUGAAUUUAUUGAUUGGUAAUGCAGGGCGUAAUGCCAGUAAAAACCAAACCACGAUUGGACAAUAUGAGUGUGGUAGGUGGAGGUAUGGUUGAUGCCAGAGCUAAGCAAGUUUUAAAGGAUGCUGUGGAUGCAGUUGUUAAUAGUUUUGCUAAACACACUCAAGGAUAUGGCAGAGUAAAUGUUGUGGAAGCAUUACAAGAAUUCUGGCAGAUGAAACAAAGUCGAGGCACAGAAUUGAGAAAUGGAGCACUUGUAAUAUAUGAAUCUGUACCAGCAAGCAAUCCACCUUAUGUCUGUUAUGUAACAUUACCUGGAGGAUCUUGCUUUGGAAGUUUUCAGAAUUGUCCAACCAAAGCUGAGGCCCGCAGAUCUGCUGCAAAAAUAGCUCUAAUGAAUUCUGUAUUCAAUGAACAUCCAUCUAGAAAAAUCACGGAUGAUUUUAUAGAAAAAGCUGUUACAGAAGCAAGAGCUAGUUUUUCUAAAAACACUGUAACUUCUAAUGGGAUUAAUAACCAGUCUCAGUUGAAGGACGAUAAAGAAGAUCCCAACACAGGCAUCGGCGCAUUCCGAUUCAUGCUAGAGAGCAAUAAAGGUCGUACAAUGCUGGAGUUUCAGGAACUGAUGACAGUGUUCCAGUUGCUUCAUUGGAAUGGUUCCUUAAAAGCAAUGCGCGAACGACAAUGUAGUAGACAGGAAGUGGUGGCGCAUUACAGUAAUCGUGCUCUAGACGAUGAUAUGCGUAGCCAAAUGGCUCUCGACUGGGUAGCUCGCGAGCAUGAAGCUGGUGGUGGUGUCGUCGCCAUGGAAUUGGCUUUGGCUGAACGCGAAUUAGAAACCGCAAGAUUGGCUGGUAGGGAACUUCGUUUUCCCAAGGAAAAGAAAGAUAUACUUAUGAUCGCUCAUAGGCAGAUAUGCCCUCAAUGAGGCCUUCCAGCUUUAUCUCUUAUUUCGACGUUACAACUUUUUAAAAUUAAUUUUAUUUGUUUAUUUUUUGUUUUCCCUGAGGAUGGUCGUGAUGAUUAUUUUGAUUUUCAUGCGAUUGAUUAAAUUAAUAAUAAGCCGCUAAAAUGUGAUAAUUACAUCAUUCCUUGUUAUAAGACAAAUUAGAAUAAAUUCACGUAAGAAUAAUAGAAUAAGAGAACCUAUUUUUAUUUCGAAAAUAUUACUCUGUGAAUUAUAUAGGGCGUAGAAAGAGCGAAGGUAAAAAGUGUAUCUGGGAGUAUUGGAAUGGUAUAGCUUUCAUAAUAAAUUUAAAAAAAAAAAUUGAAUGAAUAUUUCAACGAAAAUAUCUAUUAAUCGCAUGGAAAUCAAAUAUAUCGUGAAUAUUGAAUUCGGUGGUAUUUUGAUAAGAUCUCUUUAUAUGUAUCGCAGUGCUUCCAAAUGAACCAAUGUUUUCCAAAUCUUCAUAUGUACAUAUCUAUCAUGAAUUGCUUCAUCAUCAAUUUUACUCGUUGAGUUUCAAUUGCUUCAUUCAAUAUUGUUAAAAUUUGGGUAGUUAGGCUAGCUUUCAAAUGAAUUGUAAUUGUACCUUCUAUUACAGUACUUAAGACUUUGUUCAAUUAGAUAACAAUCGAGAGAAGUAAUUGAUGUCGUUUUUUGUAGAUUUAGUUGGAUUGAGAUUACUUAUAUUCCAAUAUAUAAGUAUCAACAAAAAAUGUAGCCUUAAAAGAAAACAAUUAACAUUAUAAAAUUUAGUAAUAAGUGUUUAAUUUUAUUUACUAUUUCAAAAGCCCAUUGACCUGUACUUUUUUAAAUUAACUCCUAUCAAAAUAUAGUAUAGCUUGCUUAUCAUUUAUAUCAUUAAUCGCAAAAAUUGUGAUAUGUAUGUGCUUAGAAUUAUUAUCAAGACUGCAAUGGUCAAUUUUCAUUCACCGAUGUAUUAUUUUCAUUCUUCAUGUGCCUAAAGAGUGAAUAAUAUUAAAAAAACUGCACUUAACCACAAUAUAAUAGGCUACGUUUUAUACCAUGUGUAUAAUGUUUUAUUAUGAAACAAGUACUAAUAAAAAUGUUUUAUAAUAACCAAUUAACAAUUUUAUUCAAAAGCUAUACUUAUC